AUGCCCAGCGACAAAACGAUUGGAGGUGGCGAUGACUCUUUUCAGACCUUCUUCAGUGAAACCGGUGCUGGCAAGCACGUCCCCAGAGCAGUGUUGAUGGAUCUUGAGCCAACAGUAGUGGGUGAGUGGGAUAUAUCGACCGCUAUAACACUUGCCGAAAUUGCUGCUGUCGUCAGUAUUAUCCUUACUAGUAGUUCUAGCAGUAAAACUAGUAAUAAUAAUAGUUAAGUAGUACUAAUGUCCAUAGAAGUAGUAGUGCUGGCAGCGAUAAUAAUUGUAUUCUCAAUCUUAAAGGCAAUAGUACUCAUUUAAGCCGAACAGUAUAAAAGUUAGCAAUCGAAAUCCGUAGUCGAUCUUCCCCCUUCCACAGUUCCAGAAGUUGCACCGACCAUUAACGUAGCUGACUAUGCCAAUUAUCUGAAACUAUACAAUUUAAACAGAGUCGGUCCACGAAGUAAAUACAGACAAUUCAAAGUGCUUUGCAUUCUCUAAAGAUGAAGUCAGGACUGGAACAUAUCGGCAACUGUUCCAUCCGGAACAACUCAUCAGUGGAAAAGAGGAUGCUGCAAACAACUAUGCUCGUGGUCACUAUACCGUCGGCAAAGAAAUAGUCGACCUGGUUUUGGACAGAAUUCGAAAACUGGCUGACCAGUGCACCGGCAUGCAAGGCUUCAUCAUAUUCCACUCCUUUGGUGGAGGAACAGGCUCCGGUUUCACCUCACUCAUGAUGGAACGUCUCAGUGUGGACUACGGAAAGAAGUCUAAACUGGAGUUUGCUAUCUAUCCUGCGCCACAGAUCUCAACCGCCGUUGUCGAGCCUUACAACUCAAUCCUCUGCACUCACGCUACAUUGGAACAUUCGGACUGUGCUUUCAUGAUCGACAAUGAGGCCAUCUACGACGUAUGUCGGUAAGUGGUUAACCACAGGUUGACGUAAAAGAUGAUCAUCUAAACAGCGUUUGACAUUGUAUCAUAGUUGAGAGUUCAUAAGUAUUUUGGCAGAUUUUGAAUAAUCAAUAUUGGCCCAACUGUGAAAAACUCGGCGCCUCGGUGGGAUUAGAACCCACGCAGUAAGAGGAAGGCUUUGGUACAGCCAACGCUCUAACCACUUGAGUUACGUUAGAGCGUUGGCUGUACUAAAGCCUUCCACUUACUGCAUGGGUUCGAAUCCCACCGAGGCGCCGAGUUUUUCACAGUUGGGUCAGUAUGAAUAGUUGAGAGUCCAGCACAGGCGAACAAGUCAACAAGCGCCCAACUGCCCAUUGUAGCCUGGAGCGCCUUAUUUUUAGGAAUGGCGAACCUAGGCAGGUGAGUAAUGGGGAAGUUUGGAGUACGUGAGACUUAGGAAUGACGCUGUUGGGGCUUACCUGUAAAUAUAUCACAGAAGUUUGAUACCAGAAGUAGGCUAUGCCUCAAUCCUAUAAGUGUUUCAGGUAAAGUAUCGAAGUUAUAACUGUAUCAUCCGAAGCCGCAGCUUCACUGAGUAUAUAUCUGCGUAUUAGACAUGCCUCCAUCUCACAGAGUCCAGUGCAGCCAACGGUAUUGUUAUUGCCUUUGGUAGUUGGCUGAAUGGAGGGCUACCAAUUUCAGAAUUUAAAGUACGCACAUGCGCCAUGUGAAAGAGUUGGUCAGUUUUUAUGGUUGGUUUCCUACUGGCCGGAAAUUCGGCUCAUGCGACAUUUUUGGUAGAAUACUGGGCCAGCAGAGCCCACUUUCAAUUGUCAGACGAUGCUAAUCCGACACAAAAUUGGUAGGGCCCACCGUAGGCCCUUUGAGUCUUUCUACUCUUCAAGUGCUAUCCAUUGUCAGCCCACUGUGGAAAAUGGUCCGCGAAUUAAACCCUCUAUGAGCCAGGUGAUGUUUGCUCGAGUUAUUAGUCGUAGGUUGCUCCAGUGAAACUAAUUCUCCCUUUGGAGGGAAGCGCAUGCCGUGGGUAGUGGCGGGAUUGGCAAAUUUACAACGUCUGGGAGCUGUAUGUAGGUCAAGGACGCGCAGGCGUUUAACAAUUGCCCCGAGAAUUCCCUCAUGCAAACGGAAAAAAACGCAAAAGAGCGAGAUUUCAAGCGCGAUAACUGGGUAGGGACCUUAAAACAACUGUUAGCUAAUAGUUGGUACUUUUUAUUGGAUCGGGGAGUUAGUAUCAAAUACAACGUGCGUCUCAUCUGCCAAAUUUAACAUCCCGACUAGGGAGGAUGCAAUUCUGUUGCUUUAACUAUCUUAUUUUCUCGUUCAGACGUAAUUUGGACAUCGAGCGACCAACAUACACAAAUCUCAAUCGACUCAUCGCUCAGAUCGUCAGUUCCAUCACCGCCUCUCUACGCUUCGAUGGCGCCCUCAACGUCGAUCUCAUUGAAUUUCAAACCAACCUCGUGCCCUACCCACGCAUCCACUUUCCCCUCUCAACAUAUGCACCCACGGUGUCGGCAGAAAAGGCCUACCAUGAACAACUGACCAUCUCCGAACUCACCAAUGCCUGCUUCGAACCCGCCAAUCAGAUGGUCAAGUGUGAUCCACGACACGGAAAAUAUAUGGCCUGUUGCAUGCUAUAUAGAGGCGAUAUAACGCCCAAGGACGUCAAUGCGUCUAUCGCCACAAUUAAAACGAAAAGGACUAUCCAGUUCGUUGACUGGUGUCCAACCGGCUUCAAGGUCGGCAUCAACUAUCAACCGCCCACCGUAGUACCCGGUGGCGACUUGGCGAAGGUGCAGCGAGCACUGUGCAUGAUUAGUAAUACGACAGCCAUUGCAGAGGCCUGGGCUCGACUAGAUCAUAAGUUUGACCUGAUGUAUGCUAAGCGCUGUUUUGUCCACUGGUAUGUCGGUGAGGGAAUGGAGGAGGGCGAAUUUUCUGAGGCACGAGAGGAUUUGGCGGCCCUGGAGAAGGAUUAUGAGGAAGUUGGUGCAGACACCGUGGAAGCCGAGGGCGAAGAGGAGGGUGAAGAGUUCUAA